UAAAAGAGCUGCUGCCUUCCCUCUCCACAGCAAGAGAGGGGGAGAGAGAGAAAGAGAGCGAGAGAGAGACCUAAACGAGUGAUUGGAGAUUCAUCCAAGCGCUCGGGACGCACAGACGGAGUUGCACAAUCAGCGCUCCAAAGGGACUCCAAAAAGGCAGAAACCCCUCAGCGCUCCUUCACUUCUGCCGUCCUAUAGUCACAGCAAGUGGAUAAUAUCUUUUUAAAGUUGCUUUUCUUCCGCGUGUAUACUCCUAUAGAGCGUUUGGAGGGAUUUUUGAGGAACUUUCUUUUUUAAGAAAAAAAAAAAAAAAAACAAGCAAUCAAACAAAACAAAAAAACAACAUCUUUUUUUAUAUACUUGUGAAGAUAUGCAUCGGUGCACGGUGGUGCUACUUUUCCUAGUGGUGGCCUUAUACUUCCUAAGCGCAGAAGCCUACAAGUGCAGGUGCACCAGAAAAGGUCCAAAGAUCAGAUACAAGGAUGUACAGAAGCUGGAGAUCAAACCCAAACACCCGUACUGCCAAGAGAAGAUGAUAUUUGUGACGAUGGAGAACGUGUCUCGGUUCAAGGGACAGGAGUACUGUCUUCAUCCCAAACUUCAGAGCACUAAGAAUUUGGUGAAAUGGUUCCGUAUCUGGAAGGACAAGCACAGGGUGUACGAAGCUUAAAACCUUGGCUACCCAGUUCACAUGGAUGAAGCGAGACAAAACAAAAACACACACACAAAAAAAAAAGAUGACAACACCGCCAGGACUGUUCUUUUGUGAAGUACAAAAUGUAAUCUCCGGUUAAACUGUACUUCUCCCCUUUCUGCCUGAAAUCUGUCAAGCACAUUAGGAGAUAUCUAUAGUUUGUAUAUAAGCUGGUGGGCUUGUUUUAGACAACCAUCAAUCUAGUUACAUUCACUCACCACUCCAGUCUUUACAAUUGUAGUUAUAUUUGUCAAAUUGUGGACAAGACACCACCAUCUAUUUUCAAACUGUUGUAGGUUUUUCAGGUUUGUUCAGAUGUUAUUUAAGGAAACUUCUCUUUUGCUUUGGCUUUUAAGAUUCUUUCAAAGUUGAAAAUGUGUCAUUCUGAAGAAACAGGCAAACGUUCCUGAAAAGUACAGUGUAGGUGUUUCAGAUGUUUCGAUUCUUCUCUGCUCUGUAGUCGACAUGACAGGUGUAUCUGUACAAUGCAAGCAUUUAGGAUCUGGUUGCUCAGAGGUCAAAAUGCAGUGAUAAAGGUUCUCAAGGCAUUCCACUCUCUGUAUCAGUGGAAGAGAGUCAGUCAGCAAGUGGAUACAUUCAAUACAGAAGUUGCUUUUGUUCAUACAGAUUGAAAAGAUCCACCACUUUGUGUGUAUGUGUGUGUGUGGGCGGGCGGGUGGGUGCUACUCAUGUUGUGGGGACCUAAAUCUGUUUAACACAGUCACAUUAUGGGGACCUGCCUUCCUAACGGGGAUGAAGUCACCCUAACGCAAACCAUUACAUUUUAAGGUGAAGAUGUGUUAUAAGGUUAGGUUAAGGCUAGAGUAAGGGUUAGGGUUAGGUAAGUUAAGGUUAAGGUUAGUCUAAACCUCCAGGAACUGAAUGUAAGUCAAUGUAAUGUCCUCUGAAGUCAUGGAAACACUACUGUGUGUGCGUGCGUGUGAGUCAGUGUGUGUCUGAAUGUGUGCGUCUGUGUUUCCCCAGUCAAUGCAAGUCAUAUGUGUCAAACGAACAUUCCACUCUGCAACCACCACUUUGUAAUAUAUUAUCUCACCUAACCCACAGGGUGUAGGUUCAAUAGUUAACAAGCAGUUCAAAUAGAUCACUUGUGCCAUUUUUACGUACAGCACAGUCUGUUUAUUGGAGUUCAAAAGCGUGAUCAAUAAAUCAGUUAAGAAGGCAAGGCAGUUUACAUCAACAAAGGAUUAUCUUUUGUAUUUUCGCUGGUUGAAAGAUUUUAUUUUAGUUCUUCUUCUUGGAAUAAAUCUGUAAUGAAGCAAUGUCACACACAGACUGUCUCAUUAUAACCAUUUGAAGCGAGCUACUUACUUACUUAGCGCCUGGGAUAAGGGAUAAGGCUGGUAAUGUUUUUGUUUUUGUCAACCCAUGAGGUCUCAUGACAGCCAAACACACAUUUCUGGACUUUUCAAACCUGAUUGCAGCAAUCAGACUCAUAAAUUCCUGAUGAUGAUGCUAAUCUUUAAAUGAAGGCCAGGAAUGAAUGACAUUCUAUAAAAAUUCUUAAAUCCUAAAUAUUGCUGGAGACUAUUAUCCACUGUGGAUUGAAAUAACGGUGCUUUACUGGAAGCAUGACAAUGACUCAAAGUAAAGCACAAGUUUAUGCCAGUGAAGAACCACAUCACCCGGUGUAAUAAUGUGGCUCAUUUAAUAGUUUCUGGAGAACUAUGGUGCUCAGCGGCACAAAGGGAUGAGCCAUUUCAGGCUUUAGUGAGCAUUUAACUUUUGUUUUUGUCGUGAUGUUGUUGACAAUAAAAACGUGAAUAUUAUCAGACUUUUCCUUUAAAAUGGGCUAUUAGCUAUUAUGCUGUUAGGGAAAUAAGCAUUAGACCAGUGCAGGAAAAAAACAAACCUCUUUUAACACAAAAGGGGGACAACUUGGCUCCAAACUCACUGCCCACAUACAAAACAUCACACAAAUAUUUGAAAUAUAUGGCCACUACUUUCUACUACGAAUGAUUAUGUCUCCAUCUGGUACAGUGAGUGAUGAUACUUUCCUCUGUGAUGAUCUCUCCUCCAGUAGAGCUCCUCAACUAUACUGUGUUUUUAUUUUGUAUGUUGUCGAUACACUUUACAAUAACGACUGUUGGGUAUGUUUUUCUUUUUUGCCACCAAACAGAAUUCACAUACAAAUAUAUCUGCAUAUAUAUACGAAAACACCACAAUUUCUUUACCUUUUCAAGAAUGUGUAUUACUCUUGUUUUAUAUCUCAUAUAUAAAUAUAUAUAAAGAAGCAUUUUGUAAAUGGACCAAUAUAGCCUAUAUGUUAGUGAGAAUGAAUUCACCAUAAGACUUUAUAGCGUCAUGUAUAUUGUAUUACUGCAUUCUAGUUGUUUUUUGGGUUUUUUUUUGCUAUUUAAAUAUUGGUUCGGUAACGGAUAUUUGGAAGGCGUGUGUUUGAACUGGCCCGCCAAACACACAGUUAGACAUUCCACUGAGUGUAAAAAACAAUAAACACAGCAAUAAAAGUGUCUAUAGAGCA